CCGCGUCGGCUACCGGUACCGUUACGGAUUGCACCUACCGAAUAUCCGUAUCGAGAAAGAAAUCGUCAAAAGGUGAAGCAGGAGGAACACGCUAUGCCCAGUAACCAGGAUAUUGCCCUGAUGGCGCACCUGAUGCGUCGGGCCGGUUUUGGCGCCACGUACGCCGAGCUGGAAGAACGCGUUGCCCAGGGUUACGAAGCCACAGUUGAAGACCUAUUGAAUCCGGAAGCCCAGCCAGAUCUGGAGAUGGACAUUCUGGAGCGGCACUUCGUGGACUGGAAGGAAAUGAACGCGCUGGAAGUUAACCAGGCGUACUGGACUUACCGGAUGAUCAACACGCGGCGACCGUUGCAGGAAAAGAUAGCCCUGUUCUGGCACGGGAUCCUUUGCACCGGCAACUCCAAGUGCGAACACGGCCGGCAGGUAAAACUCCAGCUGGACAUGUUCCGCGACAUGGGCAUGGGCAAUUUUGAUGCCCUGCUGAAAGGACUGGCUCGCGAUCCGGCGAUUGGGUGUUCUAUCUGGACAACUGCAUGA